UUCUUACUGAUCUUCCCCUUUUCAGAUCCUCUUGCCGCUGAUCAACCAGUACUUCACGAACCAUUGCCUGUACUUCUUGUCCACCCCUGCCAAAGUCCUGGGUAGUGGGGGCCACGCUUCCAAUAAGGAAAAAGAGAUGAUAACCAGUCUCUUCUGCAAACUGGCGGCCCUUGUCCGGCACCGGGUUUCUCUCUUUGGCACUGAUGCUGCUGCAGUGGUUAACUGCCUGCAUAUCCUGGCUCGGUCUUUGGAUGCCAGGACAGUGAUGAAGUCUGGCCCAGAGAUCGUGAAGGCUGGCCUGCGCUCCUUCUUUGAGGGUGCCUCAGAUGACAUUGAGAAGAUGGUGGAAAACCUCAAGUUGGGCAAAGUGUCACAGUCCCAAACCCAGGUCAAGGGUGUGGGCCAGAAUAUCACCUACACCACUGUGGCCCUUCUGCCGGUGCUCACCUCCAUCUUUGAGCAUAUCGCCCAGCACCAGUUUGGAGACGACGUCAUCUUGGAUGAUGUACAGGUCUCCUGCUACCGAAUGCUAUGCAGUGUCUAUUCCUUGGGGACAACCAAAAGUCCUUAUGUGGAGAGGCAACGUCCACAACUUGGGGAAUGUCUAGCCCGACUGGCAGCGGCGAUGCCCGUAGCAUACCUGGAGCCUCACAUCAACGAAUAUAACCCUUACUCCGUCUACACCACCAAAUCGCCGAGGGAGCGAGCCAUCUUAGGCCUGCCCAACAGUGUGGAGGAAAUGUGUCCGGACAUCCCGGUUCUGGAGAAGCUCAUGAAAGAGAUCAACGGCCUGGCCGAAUCGGGGGCCCGCUACACGGAGAUGCCCCACGUUAUCGAGGUCACUUUACCCAUGCUCUGCAACUACCUUCCCCGCUGGUGGGAACGGGGCUCUGAGACGAACCCGCAGGGGCCGUGGUGCACGGAAGUGACAUCUGACCAGCUCAACACCUUGUUGGGCAACAUCUUGAAGAUCAUCGUCAAUAAUCUAGGCAUCGACGAGGCUUCCUGGAUGAAGCGAUUGGCAGUCUUUGCCCAGCCCAUUGUGAGCAGGGCCAAGCCGGAGCUUCUUCGCUCCCAUUUCAUCCCUACCAUGGAGAAACUGAAAAAACGCUCUGGGAAGGUGGUGGCCGAGGAAGGGCAACUGGAAUCCGGAGAGGCCAAGCUGAGUCAGGAGGGGGCCUUGAGCAGAAUCCGGGACGAAUUCUCGGUGCUUUGCCGAGAUCUCUACGCCCUGUACCCUCUGCUUAUCCGCUAUGUGGACAACAACAGGGCCAAGUGGUUGACAGAGCCGGAUGUGGAUGCCGAGGACCUGUUCCGGAUGGUCGGGGAGGUGUUCAUUUACUGGUCCAAGUCGCACAACUUCAAGCGGGAGGAACAGAACUUUGUGGUGCAAAACGAAAUCAACAACAUGUCCUUUCUCACAGCUGAUAGCAAGAGCAAAAUGUCCAAGUCGGGCGGCUCGGACCAGGAACGGACCAAAAAGAAGCGGCGCGGGGACCGCUACUCAGUGCAGACCUCUCUCAUCGUGGCCACGCUCAAGAAGAUGCUUCCGAUCGGCCUGAACAUGUGCUCCCCUACCGACCAGGAACUGAUCAACAUGGCCAAGAUACGCUAUGCCCUGAAAGACACAGAUGAAGAGGUGCGUGAGUUCCUCAACAACAACCUACACCUUCAGGGCAAGUGUGAGAACAACUCAUCCAUGCGGUGGCAGAUGGCUCUCUACAAGGAGAUGUCAGGCAAAGCCGAAGACUGCAACAAUCCAGAGAAGAUUGUCAAGCGGGUUCAAGAAGUCUCUGCCGUGCUCUUCCACCUGGAGCAGACGGAGCACCCAUUCAAGUCCAAGAAGGCUGUGUGGCAUAAGCUGCUAUCCAAGCAACGCCGGCGCGCCGUAGUUGCCUGCUUCCGUAUGACUCCUCUCUACAACUUGCCUAGGCACCGAGCUUGCAACAUGUUCUUGGAUAGUUACAAGACGUCUUGGAUCCUUACCGAAGAGCACCCCUUUGAAGACAGGAUGAUCGAUGACCUAUCUAAACCAGGACAGGAAGAAGAGGAAGAGGAAGAGGAGACUGAAAAGAAACCAGACCCUCUUCACCAGCUCAUCCUGCAUUUCAGUCGGACGGCCCUGACGGAGAAAAGGAUGGGUUGCCUGGUCGAACGCAUCUCCCCUUCUUGUGCCCAGUGUUGGAGAAUCCCCGUUUGCACUAACUGCAUCCUCCGCCCCACCCCGGCCGCCUUUUGCCCUUCCUCCUUUCCAUUGCCCAUGUGGCUCAUGCUAACGUUGGCCAGUUCUGUCUCUUCCUUUUCCCCCUGCCCUGUUCUAGGAGAGAAGGUGAUGUCGGACGACUUGUUCACCCAGGACCUCUUUCGGUUUCUGCAGCUCCUUUGUGAAGGGCAUAACAACGACUUCCAGAAUUACCUGCGGACACAGACAGGGAACACGACCACCAUCAACAUAAUCAUCUGCACCGUUGAUUACCUUCUGCGACUCCAGGAGUCGAUCAGCGAUUUCUACUGGUAUUACUCGGGCAAGGAUGUGAUUGACGAGCAGGGCAAGCGCAACUUCUCCAAAGCCAUGGCCGUGGCCAAGCAAGUCUUCAACAGCCUUACUGAAUACAUCCAGGGGCCAUGCACAGGGAACCAGCAGAGCUUAGCUCAUAGCAGGCUGUGGGAUGCCGUCAUCGGCUUCCUCCACGUCUUUGCGCACAUGAUGAUGAAGUUGGCCCAGGAUUCGAGUCAAAUUGGGCUGUUGAAGGAGCUGCUGGAUCUUCAGAAGGACAUGGUGGUGAUGCUGCUGUCUCUACUAGAAGGAAACGUGGUGAACGGCACCAUUGCUCGGCAGAUGGUGGACAUGUUGGUGGAGUCUUCCAGCAAUGUGGAGAUGAUUCUCAAGUUCUUCGAUAUGUUCCUGAAGCUGAAGGACAUUGUGGCUUCAGAUGCCUUCCGGGACUACGUCACAGACCCCCGGGGGCUGAUCUCCAAGAAGGAUUUCCAGAAGGCCAUGGACAGCCAGAAGCAGUACACCCCCUCUGAGAUCCAGUUCCUGCUCUCUUGCUCGGAAGCCGACGAGAACGAGAUGAUCGACUUCGAGGAAUUUGCAAACCGUUUCCAGGAGCCUGCCAAAGACAUCGGCUUCAACAUCGCAGUGCUGCUGACCAACCUCUCGGAGCACAUGCCUCACGACAACCGCCUCAAGACUUUCCUGGAGCUCUCGGAGUGCAUCUUGAACUACUUCCGCCCCUACCUGGGCCGCAUUGAAAUCAUGGGCUCCAGCAAGCGAAUUGAGCGCAUCUACUUUGAGAUCAGCGAGACCAACAAGACCCAGUGGGAAAUGCCCCAGGUGAAAGAGUCAAAGCGGCAGUUCAUCUUCGACGUGGUCAAUGAAGGGGGAGAAUCGGAGAAGAUGGAACUCUUCAUCAACUUCUGCGAGGACACCAUCUUUGAGAUGCAGAUUGCGUCGCAGAUUUCGGAGGAGGAGGGGCAGGAGGAGGAAGAGGAUGAGGAAGAAGGUGAAGGGGCUGAAGGCGGGGAAACUGAGAAGGUAUCGGCACCGUCGGAGGCAUCCUCAGCCUUUGGCGAGUUUGUGGAAAGCGUUGUCAACUUCUUCCGCAUGUUCACCUAUCGCAACAUCCGCCGGAAGUUCCGCAAAAUCAAGAAGAUGACAUUCAAGGAAAUGGCGGUGGGGGUGGCGACUUUCUUCUACACCAUCUUUAUGGGGAUCCUCUUCUUUGUCUACAACAUCUUCAAAGGCAUCUUCCUGCUCAUCUGGAAGACACUCUUUGGUGGGGGCCUGGUCGAGGAGGCCAAGAAGAUCACUGUGACCGAACUGCUGGCCAGCAUGCCCGACCCGACGCAAGACGAAGUGCAUGGAGAUUUGGGCCCCUCUGAGGAAGUUGAGCAGACGGCAGAAGAAGGGGAAGAAGUGGAAACGGCAGAACCUCAUAAGGAAGAAGUUUCUGCAGAGGGUGGUGAGGGCUUUGGAGCAGACAUGAAGAAAGAGCAUUUCCGGCCCAUGGGACCAGAUUCUGGCGGGCUUGGGGACAUGGGCGACACGACUCCCGUGGAGCCCCCCACGCCUGAAGGAUCUCCCAUCCUCAAGAGGAAACUUAUAGUUGAAGGGGAGGAGGAAGUAGCGCCGGAACCAGAGAAGAUUGAAGAACCUGCCGUGGAGCCCGAGAAAGCCGACGCUGAAAAUGGAGAGAAGGCCACCAAAGAGGAAGGAGAGGAGAAGAAGGAGGAGGAGGAGGAAGAGAAACCAGAGCCGCCUGCCAAGGAGAAAAAGAAGGUGGCCCAGCGGGAGAAGAAGGAAGGCGAAGAGGGAGGCAUGGAGUUUUGGAAUGAGCUGGAGAUCCAGAGGAUCAAAUUCUUGAAUUACUUGUCCAGGAAUUUCUACAACCUGCGCUUCCUCGCCCUCUUCUUGGCUUUCGCCAUCAACUUCAUCUUGCUGUUCUACAAGGUGUCGGACAGCCCCCCAGGUGAGGAGGAGUUUGAGGGUUCCGGGUUCGAAGGGGAGCUGGACGCAGGCUCUGGCUCUGGCUCUGGCUUUGGCGGGGACGACGACGGCGGAGACGGGAACGGGAACGGGGACGAAGAAGACGAGGACAGUGUGGUGUACUUCUUCCUGGAGGAGAACACGGGCUACAUGCAGCCAGCCCUGCAGUUCCUGUCCAUCGUCCACACACUAGUGUCCUUCCUGUGCAUCAUCGGCUACAACUGUCUCAAAGUGCCUCUGGUCAUCUUCAAGCGCGAGAAGGAGCUGGCCCGGAAGCUGGAGUUCGACGGCCUCUAUAUCACGGAGCAGCCGGAAGACGACGACAUCAAGGGCCAGUGGGAUCGGCUGGUGCUCAAUGCCCCGUCGUUCCCGAGCAACUAUUGGGAUAAAUUCAUCAAACGGAAGGUGCUUGAGAAAUACGGGGACAUCUACGGACGGGAGAGGAUCGCAGAACUCCUGGGGAUGGACUUGGCCAGCCUGGAAAUCACAGCACAGAACGGGAAGAAGCCUGAACCAGACAAGUCUCUUCUAACUUGGAUCACCUCCAUUGACAUAAAGUACAAGAUCUGGAAGUUCGGAGUGAUCUUCACAGAUAACUCCUUCCUGUACCUCUUCUGGUACAUGGUGAUGUCCCUCCUCGGCCACUACAACAACUUCUUCUUCGCCUGCCACCUGCUGGACAUCGCCAUGGGCGUCAAGACGCUGCGCACCAUCCUGUCAUCCGUCACCCACAACGGCAAGCAGCUCAUGAUGACUGUAGGGCUGUUAGCCGUGGUCGUGUACCUCUACACCGUGGUCGCCUUCAACUUCUUCCGCAAGUUCUACAACAAGAGCGAGGAUGAGGACGAGCCGGACAUGAAGUGUGACGACAUGAUGACCUGCUACCUGUUCCACAUGUACGUGGGGGUGCGUGCUGGCGGGGGUAUCGGUGACGAGAUCGAGGAUCCCGCAGGAGAUGAAUACGAACUGUACCGCGUCAUCUUCGACAUCACCUUCUUCUUCUUCGUCAUUGUCAUCUUGCUGGCCAUCAUCCAAGGUCUGAUCAUCGAUGCCUUUGGGGAGCUGAGAGAUCAGCAGGAGCAGGUGAAGGAAGACAUGGAGACCAAAUGUUUCAUCUGCGGAAUCGGCAGUGACUAUUUUGACACGACGCCUCACGGCUUUGAGACCCACACGCUGGAGGAGCACAACUUGGCAAAUUAUAUGUUCUUCCUCAUGUAUCUUAUCAACAAGGAUGAAACAGAACACACGGGCCAGGAGUCCUACGUUUGGAAGCUGUACCAGGAGCGUUGCUGGGACUUCUUCCCCGCGGGAGACUGUUUCCGCAAGCAAUAUGAAGACCAGCUGAGCUAGGCGCCCUCCUGCCCUUCACCGGGGGUGGCAUGGGGGGGGGGGACUGACCUGCUCUAGUCCACUUGCCUUGCCUUUGGACAUGGGGGAGGGGGGCUGUUAGGAUGCAGGGUGACAUACCUGAUUUGGCCUUUUCAAAAUAACCGUUUGGGGGUAGCAGAAGUGGCGGACGCACCCUCCUGCCCCAUCGUCACCACACUUUCUUCUGACCCCCGACCCCGCUCUCUGGCUACCUGGGAUGAAGAGACACGUUUUCCUGCCCUUUGGAGAAACUAUUGGAUGCCAGACCUCUCGGGCAAACUUGCACCUGGUGCCCCAAUUUAGCUUCACGUCUGGCCAGUAUUUCUUCGGGUCGAUUUCUGUCCUGCAGGGAGGGAAGGGGGUUUCCAUGCAAUAUUUCUUUUCCUGUGUCAAAGAGUCAGUUUAAAGUGCCUUUUAUAGUCUCUUGCCCCUAGAGAGGGGGGGAAGGCUUUGGUGGGGGGAGCCAGAAGCUGUUGACGAAGAGGAGGGAAGAUGUCCUUUGCUGCCGUCUGCCAAACGUCUUGCAAUCGAGGGAGGCCGCUGCCGGCUUGUGAGGGAGGAAGAGAGAGAGGGGGGGGGUCUUCCGGCCCAGUGAGGCUCCAGGUUCUCGGUGUGGGGGGCAAUGAUGCAGCUCCCUCCCGCCCUCGGCCAUCUCUCCCUGCGUUUCCCUCACCCUUAAGCUUUGUCUCGUGUGUGAAGUCAGUGCUGUUGGCGGGGAGGGUGCUUUCUCGAUUCCAGCGGCUUCGUUUUGCAGCUGGGUGGAAGCCCCGAAACAGAUGCUGCUGUCCGCGUGUGCGAAUGGAUGCAGGCGCCAGGUUUCGGUGCCCACCCGCCCGGCUGCUCUGGCACCCUCCUCUUCUGUCGCCAGCUGCUUGUGUCUGCCGUCACUGCCGUAGGAAGUUUUCAGCCGGGUCUACUUUUGGGGGGCAGCUGGGGGGACAGGCCCUGUUGUCCUCUCCCUCCGCCCGGCUUGUUUCCCUGCCAAUAAAACCAUAGAUUGCUGCAACCGG